AUGGAUGACCCAGUCACUAUCAAGGCACAGUGCAUGUGUAAAGCACACACAUUCUCCGCUUCACUGCCGAAAUCUGCAUUGCCGCUCAAUGCGUCUUGCUGUCACUGCACGUCUUGUCGCCGACUGACUGGAUCUCUUUACAACCCUGCAGUCGCGUGGCCAGACGCCUCUGUAGACCUAUCUUCCCUACGCAAGUAUCCGUUCUCAAAAUACUUUGAUGUCUAUUCGUGCGGGACUUGCUCGUCACAGCUCUUCGCCCGUGGUCACAAUCCCAAUAUCGCCCCGUACGUAACGACCGGUGCUUUGGAAAACAUCCCUGGUCUCGUCAAAUAUGACAACCACAUGUUCAUCAACGACACUAUCGAUGGCGGCCUUGCGCCAUGGCUCCCGAAAGAAGAGCAUGGAGACCCGGUCCAGCGUUGGAAAGGGCAUCGCAACAGCGAAGAGGUUCCAUUCGACUGGCCGCUCAGAAAGUCUGUCCCUGCCUCUCGGCUGAAUGCCAGUCCUUCUCCGUCGUCAAUCAUGUUCCACUGCCACUGUGAGGGUGUUCAACUGUCGCUGAGGAGCGCCUUGGACUUGGAGACGGAUCCGGCGAAGGAAUCGACCUCGACGUGCGUGGAUCCCAAGACGCUCAAGUUCAAGGCAUGUUGCGAUUCGUGCAACUCUUGCCGCCAACACUUCGGCUCAGACAUUAUCGCCUGGACCUUUGCUCCUCUCACACACAUCAACUUCAGCACUGAGCCCGCAUCUGUGCCGUCUCAGUUCCCGCAGACAAUCGUUGAACUGAAAGAAGCAGUUCUAUCCAAGACCAAAGACCCACGCCUCGGAACAUUGGCGGUUUACAACAGUUCUCCCGAGGUAGAGCGGUACUCCUGUUCAGUGUGUUCAGCCAGCGUAUUCUACGCCGUUGACGACCGUGAAGACAUGGUUGACAUCGCUGUCGGGUUGUUGGAUCAUCCGGAUGGCGCACGUGCUGAAGGAUUGUUGGCUUGGAAUUAUGGGCUGCUUGGGUGGACAGUGGAUACGGCCGGCGGAUGGCGGGAAAAACUGGUUGCGAGAACGAAGGACUCCAUGAAGGAGUGGGCAAGCUCCUUGAACGAAGAUCAGAGCACCAACGACUAG